AUGUUUGGAAAAAAACAUAAAACAAUGACUGCAAGAGAGGAGAUUGCUCGACUAAAAGCUGAGAUUGAAGAGCUAAAAAGACAUAAAUUUAGCACAGAAGAGGAAUUAGCUCAAAAUGAAGAAUAUAAUGAGGAAAACGAUGAGUGUGGAUACUACGAUGAAGGGCAAUUUGAUGAGGGACAAUAUUAUGAGAAUACAAGUGAUGAAGUCUAUCGACCUGCCCCCAACGCAGAUGAUCAUUUUCAUCAAACCGAAGACUAUCCUUUUGAUGAAGAUGAUGGAUCAUCAAUUUAUGAGUCUCCGCCACCACCGAGCUAUGAAGUUUAUUUGUGUUCUGAUAAUAUUGACAAUGUGGUGGCUAAGGGUGUACUCAUUGUACCAAACAUGGGUAGCCAAAUUACCGUCCAUGGAAAUGUACUUGAUGAUUCAGUUGCGAGGGUUUGGCUUAUAGAUGUCUUACAAGAAGAAGCUGAGAUCCCUAUUCCCUUUGGUAACGUACGAUAUGUUGGGGACGCACGAGACACAUUCCUGCCUUGGCCUAAAAAUUUAAUUGUGGCUUGUCAGGGUCCAUCUUCAUCUAAUCACAAAUCCCUAUCACCAAGCCCACAUUUAUCAUCAGUUGGAUCUCACGUAGUCAUCCCCGCUGAAAUAACUCAACCAGAACCUUCAAAUUGGUUAACAGAUAACCAAUGGGACAAAAUUGAUCUGAGUCUAAAAUUUAUAGUGAAGGAGUAUUAUUCCAAUAAAGGAAUAGAUGGGGUUGUACAAGUUCCCGUUGACCCGUAGUUUAUAGGAGAACGCGAGGCUAUCUUCAUCACUUCGGAAGACGUUUAUCAAGCAGCCUCCAUGGAUAAUAUUGGAUCCUCAGCUAUGCUGUUUGGUAUGAGAUGCAUUUGGGAAAGCAUGCACCCAAAUUCAUGACAAUUAUAUAAAUUUUUUGACACCGGACAUCUUUCUAUUGGCAAUGAUGAAAGUAAAAACUAUACGGUGGAUCUUAUAGCCAAAUGGAUGAUGACUAUGGA